UCCUUAACCCACUGAGCAAGGCCAGGGAUCGAACCUGCAUCCUCACGGAUACUAGUCGGGUUAGUUAACCACUGAGCCACUAUGGGAACUCCUGAAAUGUCAUUUUUAAAAUAAACAGAUGGUUAUUACAUGCACAAUAUGUUUAUCAUAUGCAGCCUGAUGAUUCAACAUGAGUGUAUGGAGAGAGAGCGUGGUCAUUUCCAUGUCCUCCAUUUGGCCAGAGCAAAGGAGCAGAGCCCCGGGAGGGGGCCUCUGUGGAACUCUCUACCUUUUAACCACAGAGCUGUGCAGAGAUGUCCAGGAGGUCACUCCUGGGCAGUGGCCAAGGGAUUCUGCUUGUCCCUCAGAAGAAACCUCCUGGAACCUAAGUUCUUCUAAAGCUUGGUUAGACUCUCAAGUACCAUGGCCUCUAGUAAGUCAGUGGCCAGGGGUCAUGAAGCUAAUUGCUCAGGAGGACAUUCACAGCUGAAUGCACUGCCAUUUGUGUAUUUGGGGACAGAGCGGGGGGAAGAGAGAUUAACUGAGUUGAGAUAUGAGUGAUUUCUACGCUGAAUGAGGCUGACUGCCAGCUAGUCUCCACAUACUUGGAGACCUAAAACUCCAUUGCCAAGGCCUUCCUGGUAACUGCUAAGGAGAGUGGCCCAAAGCAUCAUUAGCCGGUGUUGGGCCCAUCAGACUAAUUAGACAAUGAAAAGCAAAGGAACAGCCUCCUGGGCUAGGAAAAGGCUUUUUACCAUAAUUUUGCCUUCAGCACAAGGCAUGGGAGCCCACACCUGGAGCCCAGGGUCCACACCAGCCACUAUCAACUUCCCCGACACGGUGCCUCCAAGGGGCGGGGCUCCGCCGUAUUACUCCGUCUUCCCAGAAACCUCUGCGCGACCCCCGCCAAGAUAAAAAGGCGGGAGCGAGGCGGCCGCUCCAAGCCAGUGCCUGGGUCGGCGUAGCGUUUCAGUUUUGUUUUUUUUUUUUCCCUUGCCUCUUUCCUCCCUUUUCUUAUCUGUACGCCGCGCUUGGACCCAGGUUCCCUCCAGCUGUAGCUCAGCUCUCAGGAAGGCGACGAGAUAGGCUGUUGAGGGCCAAGAGGCCCCAGAGGCCUGGGGGGUGGGGUGGCAAUGUGGCCACGAAGGGUCUAUACCCGCAAGAAACGGGCAGGCCGGGGGCUCAAUCUAACGCCGACGCCAGAUCUAGAAGCCCCGGCAAAGGCGGGGGCCUCCUCAGGUCUCGGCCGAAGGCUCCCUGACCACUGUAAGCCCACCAGGCUGGCGAGUGUAGAGGGCGGGGUGGCUGGGCCUGGGCCCCUGGGCUCCCGAGGCCUUGGCCCAGAAACCUGCCACCCUCUCAUAGGCCCAAAGAGAAAAGGCAAGACGCAUGGUUUGCAGAAAAUCCCGGAGAAGGCAGAGCGGAGUGGGCAGGGGAGUAGCAGCUCUGGGCAGCCGAGCACUCAGUUAAGAGGUACAGGAGAGAAAAGCCUCCAAGAAAAUAGCCCUCGUGAAGAGGCCUCGGAUGAGAAGAUUGCACCAUUGAGUGAGUCAGUGACAGAAGGCCUCCAGGUUGACAGUAGUUCAUCAAACAGUGAAAUAGUAUCAGGACUAAGUUUGCAGCAUGAUGUUUCUAGCUCUCUUCUGAGUUAUUCAGUCACAGACUCUUAUACGGAAUACAAGAGUUCUGAAGAGAGUUUAAGUAGCUUCCCAUCACCUGAACUCUUCAGAGGAUCAGAUUAUUUAGAUUGGGAGUGUCCCAUGUUGGAAGAAAAUGUAAUAUGUAAGAAUUCUACUCUUUUGGACACCAGUAAAGCAGUAGCAAUAGAGAAGGCACCUCAAUUUUCAAAUCUCUCAGCAAUUUUAGGUACCUCUUCAGAAGACUAUCAAAAAUGCCAUAGAAAUAUUGUGAUGAUAGCAGAUCAAAAUAUUUCUCCAAAACCAAAGAGUACUUCAAAUUCAAAAUCAGAUAAUGCAUCUUGUGAAGUUUUACUUGCUGAGAAAACUUAUCCUUCAUCCUCUGAAAAAAUGAAGAAAAAAAAUACAAAUUCCAGUACUUCUGAUAAGAAAAGCAGAGGCCUGUUAACAAGUACUCCAUCUUCCCAAACAGCUGGUUUAGCGAUUGAUUUAUCCUCAGUACAAAAACCAUCUUUUGAAGAACUGUUUCCAAAUGUCAGCAAUUAUGUUAAUUCAAAUGAAAUUGUGCCUGUGUCAAGUUUGCAAGAAAAUUCUUCAAAUGAGGUUCCUUCAAAUACAUCAGAAAUGUGUUGUAUUAUUAAAGCAUCACCAGGAACUAGACAAGUAGAAAGUAAAGGUAUUAUUUUAAAGAAGAAGAAAUAUUCUCUUCCUAAAGAUACUCCUCAAGAUAUUAUAAUAAAAACAAGUGGCAGGAUGUAGCAGCUGUGGCUGAGUUUUCACUACUUUGAAGACUUGAAUGUCAUGAAGCAGAAUAUCUGCAUGAAAUUGCAUGAAAUUCAAAAAUCAAAUUUCUCUAAUUAUUUGUAAUAUAUCCUGGUGUUGAAAUUCUUUUUUGAGAUUCUUAUAAAUUACUUUUAAUGAGCUGAUAAAGAAUCAUUCUUCUGUCUGUUUCUUAAAUAUGUGUAUUUGUAUUAUAAAAUAACAGCUAGCUUAUAUUAUUAAGACUGCACACUAAGUAGGUAAUUUCAGCUGCUUAUAAAGACCCAACCCCAGGAUAAGAGUUGACUUCUUUUGAUUUUUUUUUCCCAAGUUUAUCCUUUGUAUGGAUUAAAAGUAGUAAAAUUGUUGAUACUUACUUAUAUUACAAGCUAUUUUUAACAGAACUUAAUUGAAACCACAUGAGUGAGAGACCUAAUUCCAGGUCUGACUGAAAGAAACUCUAUACUCAAGGUUUGCUGAAGUAGGGAAUGUAUAAUAAGUACAAUCAAUCACACACUAAUUAUUUAAUAUAUUACCUCAUUCCCAAACAAUCUUAUUUAGCUCAUACUAUGUAUCUGUAAGGUUUUUGUUUGUUUUUUUGUAAUAUACCUUGUUGUGGCAUCUUGAAAAUGCCCUUCCUAAAAUUCAGCAGUCCUGUUGUCACUGAACACAGUACAAUAUGUAACUCUUAGUGAUAUUUUAACUCUGAUGGAUGGUUUUACUAAUGUUAUCAUACAUAAAAGUAAAUGAUGCAAAUUUUCAAAGUUGCUUCAAUAUGAAAGAAAAUUAUAAAAUCAAGGAAUUAACUUGAGGUUACAUAACUCAUACAGUAUUCAGUUUUAAAUAGGUGUCCCAUGAAGAUAUUCUUGUAAAUGAUUUGACAAGGCCUUAAGUCACUAACAAAGCUACUUGUGAUUUUGGUUUCACAUUUUAAUCUGAAAGUGAAAUAUGGGGAAGUUGUGAGGAAAUAUAAAAGAGAUCCUUAAUGAUGGAGGCUAGAACCAAAUUUAGACCUGAAUUCUAAAUCAGUACUCAACUAAGUCAGCAAGUCUUGUGGUAGUUUUAAAAGCAGAAAUUUGAUAAGCAGUGGGGGAAGAAGAAAUGACAUAGAAGGCCUAUUCCCUGCCCUCAAGGAGUUUAUAAUCCAAGGGGGAGGAGCGAGAAUGAGAACAAGGUACUCAUAAUUUCUAAUCAGGUAGUAGGAUCCUGUGAUAAAGAAUAUUUGGUUUUUUUUUCUUAUCUCCCCAACACAAUUUUUUUCCACUGUACAGCAUGGUGACUCAGUUACACAUACAUGUAUACAUUCUUUUUUCUCCC